UCGGCCCCGCCCGCCGCCGCCGCCGCCGCUGCAGUGGGAGCCGGGAGGCGGGCGAGGAUGGCGGCGGCGGCGGCGUCGCCGGCGCGGGAGCUCACGCAGAACCCGCUGCAGAAGACCUGGGAGCCCUACGACAACGGGCUGCCGGCGGGGCACAGCGCCCAGCGCGGCGUAUGUAUGACCAAUUGCCCUACUCUGAUUGUCAUGGUGGGUCUUCCAGCAAGAGGAAAAACUUACAUCUCGAAGAAGCUGACACGCUAUUUAAAUUGGAUUGGGGUGCCUACAAAAGAAUUCAACGUUGGUCAGUAUCGUCGAGACUUGGUGAAAAAGUAUAAAUCUUUUGAAUUUUUCCUGCCUGACAAUGAAGAAGGCUUGAAAAUCAGGAAACAGUGUGCCUUAGCAGCGCUGAAUGAUGUCCGACAGUACCUCAGUGAAGAAAACGGGCACGUGGCUGUCUUUGAUGCUACAAACACAACUCGAGAACGUAGAGAAACUAUUUACAAAUUUGGUGAAGAAAAUGGAUAUAAGACUUUUUUUGUUGAGUCAGUAUGCGUAGAUCCAGAGGUCAUUGCUGCAAACAUUGUGCAAGUGAAGCUGGGUAGUCCUGACUAUGUUGAUUGUAGUAAUGAUGAAGCAACAGAAGACUUCAUGAAAAGAAUAGAGUGCUACAAGAACUCAUAUGAGACAUUAGAUGAAACUCUUGACAAGGAUCUUUCUUAUAUUAAAAUUAUGGAUGUUGGAAGGAGUUACCUUGUGAACAGAGUAAUGGAUCACAUUCAGAGCCGGAUUGUCUACUACCUCAUGAAUAUCCAUGUCACUCCUCGGUCAAUCUACCUCUGUCGACAUGGAGAAAGUGAACUCAAUCUGAAAGGGAGAAUAGGAGGAGAUCCUGGACUGUCUGUCAGAGGGAAAGAAUUUGCGAAAAGCUUGGCACAAUUUAUUAAUGAGCAAAACAUCAAAGAUUUGAAAGUUUGGACCAGCCAGAUGAAAAGGACAAUUCAGACUGCUGAAGCAUUGGGCGUGCCUUAUGAGCAGUGGAAGGUUUUGAAUGAGAUAGAUGCAGGAGUGUGCGAAGAAAUGACAUACGAAGAAAUACAGGAAAAUUAUCCGCUUGAAUUCGCACUAAGAGAUCAAGACAAAUACAGAUACAGAUACCCUAAAGGAGAGUCCUAUGAAGAUCUUGUUCAGAGACUGGAGCCCGUAAUUAUGGAACUCGAAAGGCAGGAAAAUGUGCUUGUCAUAUGUCACCAAGCUGUCAUGCGCUGUUUGCUCGCAUAUUUUCUUGACAAGCCUGCAGAACAACUGCCUUACCUGAAGUGCCCGCUGCAUACUGUCUUAAAGCUAACCCCGGUGGCUUAUGGAUGUAAAGUAGAAUCUAUAUUUCUGAAUGUUGAAGCUGUAAACACACACAGAGAUAAACCCGAGAAUGUAGACAUUUCCAGACCUCCCGAGGACGCUCUUGUAACAGUCCCUGCUCAUCAGUGAAUCCUGUGUGCUGAUCAACUAUCGAACUUGGGAAUGUAGGUGUGGAUCGAUCAAGAGAAGAGGCUCUGAGGACAGUACCCAACCACCUAUAGCUCCAGUCCCCGGGGGCGGCAGCCCUUCCUCCCGCGCCAGUGUGGAGCGGCGGCGGUGGUGUCGCUGAGCACCGAGCGAGUGGGAAGGAACGUGCCUCCCCUUCACUUUAAGACAUUUCGAAUGUGAUUCGGCUUCUUUGGAGAAAAGCUGUAGUUGUGGAUAACUCCCAGUGCCGAAAGGUAUCAGUAAAAAGAUUUAUGGGAAGCAGAGUAGGGUUGGAUUUAGAUUUUUUUUUUUUUUUUGUAUGUAAAUUUGUGCAGUUUUGGUGGUUUUUAUUGUUCAUCUGUGGAUACUGCAAGUUGGUUAAUUGCCCGUGUCAAUUUUACUGUCAGAUUUUAACUAGAUUUUACUUUCUAAGCGUUUUUCUAAGAGUUCCUCUUAUUUUUACUGUGAAUGAUUGCCUAGAAUUACAUGGAGAUUUUUCUGAUGGCGUAUUUAACAGAGGUGAAAUUCCGCAUUUUGAGCAUUGGAGGCUUCGUGUUGUGAAACCACUUUAAACGGGAAAGCCUGUCAGCUCUGAUAGCUUUUCUGUGUUUUAAACUGAGCUUUGGUUUACCAACCACAACUUAAAUUUUUGUGAAAUGGGGAGACUUUCCCAUGUGAAAGUAAAAGUCUUAAAGUUAGAUUCACUACCUGAAAGUAUCUGAUGUUUUAGCAAGGUUUUAACAUUUUCCAAGGGCCGGCUGUAUUUUGGAGGGCAGGAGAAGACACAGUAUUAAGUGGGGGACGUGAGUGUGAGUAUAGCUGGCAGCCAGGGCAAGGAGUGGAGACAGACACAUCCUUUCUGCUGCAGUUACAGGAGAGGAUGAGCAGCUUUCUGGCAACUGGAAGGGAGGGGAAGAGGAUUCAGACUGUCGAGGGCCGGAGAAGCUGCCUGUCUUAUUAGUGCUGUGAUUUAUUUUUUUAGGCAAUUUUUGGAAUGAAUUUCAACAUAAAAGUCUAUGUUUCUCUUUUAUAGCCACAUUUAAUGCGUACAUCAGGAAACAGUACAGAAAGGUUAGGUGGAGUUUAACCAUUCUAACAGCUCAUGCAAGAAAAACACCAGGUAAAUUCUGAAAUUAUUUUUAACACUGGCACACCUGCCUUGGGGGUUUUUUUGUGCUGUUUUUAAUCAUCUUCCACCAUCCCAACUCCUCACUGCUCUCUUAUACCUUGUGAAACUCCAGUGCUAAAAAUGGAAUUUUCUGUGUCUGUUGAGGCCAUGACCUUUAACUGUACUAAAUCAAUGUGUAAUUUGUACGUGUGUUACCAGACAGCUGAAGCGAGCUGCCAGCGCUGCUGCUGGCUCUUAGUUCUGAAACAAGAACUAUACUUUGGUAGUUGGACUGUGGGUUUUUUUUUUUUCUUUCCUAAGGAUUUCUCUUCAAUUAAUUGAGCUUUUACCAUGUAUGUUGUUGGGGUUGUUUCGUUGGUUUGUUGUUUUGUUGUGUUGUUUUUUUUUUUUUUUUUUUUCUCAAUUCCUGUGUGAAAUACCAGGCCCUCAUAACGUAGUUUUGCAGGCAAGGGCUAAAUUGUCUUUUGUGCGGGGUUUAUACAAUAACGUGCUGCUGUUGUGAUUUGUUUUAAUAAGCUAAUUUCAGCAAUAUAUUCAGCUCUGGAAGUAAGCCAUACUGUAUCGCUGGGUUCGGUGGCGGAGGAGGAGGAGUGCGUAGGGUGGGGAAGGACCGGGAACACUUGCUUCAGGCGCUGCUGUCUGAAGCUUUGUGUGCGCGAGCCACGCGUUCGGUAACGCCCAUUUCGGCUCUUUGUGAAUUCAGCUGUGUCCGUAGCUGCUUCGUGAGGAGAGGGACCGCACGGCGCUGCUCGGAGCAGUUCAUUUCUCGGUGCUUGGUGGCCAAACCUUGGCGUUUCCCCCCCAGCUCGGAGGGGUGUUCGGCGUGGGGGGGCCGGGCUGCGCUCCAGGCAGGCCUCCCCCGCCCAGCUGCGCCCGGGAGUCGUCAGGCGGGAUUUCAGUUGAGGAGGUCAGAGUUGGUCUGUAGUUACCGAGGGCAAAUCCCAGGAGGUUGGAUGAGGAACGCGGGGUUUUUCGGGCAGGCUGCGGUGGUACCUGCGCUUGGGCUCGGUUGAAGAGCUGUGGUGGAAGGGAAGGUUUCCCCUAGUGAGAGCUGAGCCCGAGGGCCGCCUCUCUUCACUGGCAAGCGCGGCUUGAGGUGUCUCCCCCCUCUCCCUUUCUUUGUUUUACCCCUCUCGACUUUCAGAGGUGCUGUAAAAUUCCUUGAGGCUAAAUGUUUUAUGUAUAGUAGGUAUUUUUAUAGCCUGCUUUUGAAUAUACUGUGAUGAAUGUUUGACUAAGUUGGGUGUUCAGUGAAAAGAAUUGUAUACAAGUGUAAAUAUACUGUUAUGCUGAUACUUGAAGAGGAAAAAAAAAAAAAAAUGAAGUUGCCUGUUCUACUUUAGGAAGGUACUAAAUCACUGACUGCAUGUGACCCUCUCUAGCUGGUGAGAGCAAGUGUAGACGAUGAAUGUAGCUUUGAAGGGAGCGAUCGGUUCUCCCCGGGGCGUGGCCACCUUUCCACAACAGCACUGUCAAGAAUUGCAGAAUAUUGUCGCUGUCUCAAAGCUGCGUAUGUCCCCCGCUCCUGACAGAACCGUCACUGACCGGGGGAGUGAAAACCCUCGUCCUGACCGUGCGUAUUUGUAUCCGUGUUUAUUUUACUGCCUUCUGACUGUUAACGCACUUGCUAGCUCAGCUGCAGUCUCUCGAAUGGGAUGAAGCUGUCUUUUCUUACAGCGUUGGCCUUCGUCGUAACCUUUCAGACAAAUGUAAUCACUUGACCUUUGAUCCGAGUAAUAAAGAUCAAAUGCCAG